AUGUUCCCUCUACCUCCAUCUCAAGAUGAUGAAUUGAAGGCUUCUCAUUUUACUGCUUUGUCUUUAAGCACAGGUAUCCAGGGGGCCCAGCAAAGCCAUAUUCCAUCUCAAGUUGCAAACAAGGUGCAGAGCUCAAGCUUUCCAUACACAAUAAACGGUGCAAGUCCAAUGAAAGUUAAGAGGAAGAGAUGCCUCGAUGGAGCAGCAUUGACUAUAGGAACUGGGUCUAGUUCAAACCCGCUCAAAAUGAAAGUGGUUGAUCAUCCAACCGGAAGGAUGAGUUGUGCUAGCUUUGGUGGUGAUUAUAUUAGGAAGCAGCGACCUGCAAUUGCUACUGUGUCUGGUUUCUGCAAUACACCUUGUCAACUUGUACAAGGAGUUAGCAAUGAAAAUGCCAACAAAAACAGUGCUAAUGCAAGAGCUGGUAGGGGUAGUGCCAGUUAUGUGAAUGAUCCCAACAGGGCAUGCCUCUAUCAACAAUCUGCUAGUGGUUUGAGCUGUGAAAAUAAUAGUAAAAGGGAUGCUCAUUCCAGAGCUAGUAAAACUUCUGGAAAUACAUCAAUUUCUGAUAAAAUCCACCAGAGGAUGAUAAAAAAUCGAGAAUCAGCUGCCAGGUCUAGAGCAAGAAAACAAGCUUUGGAAGCCCAACAACAGCUGGAAAAUACAGAACUUAAGAAGGAGAAUGACUUCCUGAAAAGGGUUGUGAGGUUUCUCUUGGCUAUAUUAAGAACAAAACGCAUGAAGCUGCCACCACUUUCAAGGAGUUUCUCCGGGCCAUUAUAA